UCUUCCUUUCCAAAUACUCUCCAUCCAAUCGGCUCAAACGACCGCGACCUCAAUGUUAUUCAGCGCCGCACCUCUCGCACCGAGUUAGAUUUUGAGCAGGCAUUGCGUGCGGGAGGUACUGUUCUUAUUAGGGAGGGACUCGACGUCGACGCUCUCGGUGCGGACCUGUCCAACGCGUCGAUAUCCUUCUCGCCGUCCUCUCAGAAGCCGUACGUCGGCUUCCAGCCGGCUACGCCUACCAUUGUGCCCCCGACGCCUUCUCCGCGCGCCGGGCCCUCCGGCUCAUCGACGCGUUCCUCCUUGCUACCUGCGUCCUCUACCAACGAGAGUGGCAUCGAGCCCCCAGAGCACGAAUACCAGACGAAGCGUCGAUCAAUGUACCGCUCGCCUGGCACUGCUAGCAGCCCUGACCUUGCUACGCUGCUGCGAAAAGCGAAGGAGCGCAGCGGUAGUGCCUCUAAAGAUGGUCAGUCUUCGAUCACCCCGAAUAGGCCUGACACAUCAAAGGGCACGAUUCGACAACGCUCGACGACGACCAUGUCUUCACCGCAAGGUUCCCCAGCACCAAAGGGCAAGUCAAGGUCCAAUCAGUGCGCAAUGCUGUGUCCCUCCGUUCUCUGUUAUGCUGAGUGCGACAAGCAACAGAAUGCCAAGUCGUCGGUGCGAGCCAAGACGUCCGCAUUCCUAGGGAAAAUGUUAGGGCAGUCGAGUACGCGCGACCGAUCUCGUACGAUCAUGUCUUCGCCGUCCACCACAUCCGUGGCUACUUAUGCGCCGUCACCACUCAUGGACGCCUUUACCCCUCCCGUGCCCCCGAUACCUCCUAAACAUAGACCGCAAUCACGAGUAGAAGCCAGUGACGUGUUCAGCUCCCCGGACAUGAACAAAACGCUGCCGACGGCACCCAGCAAAGGAGCAAGCGUGGAAAACCUCGAAGAUCAGUCAUUGGUUAUCAUAGACGAGCCUGUCGGUCGUUCACGCUCGCCGUCACCGAGCACGACGGUCAAGCGACGGUCGUCCAAUCAGGUACAGUCCAAGGUCCCGAGCAGGAGCAAGCGGAGAAGCAUGAGCGUCAGCGAUGCAGAUCUCAAGAAGGUAUUCGCCAUGGCGGCGGUGUCCAACGCCGGGCGUAUGCCGACUGAGGGUCGGAGAACGGAAGGCACUACUCGCUCGGACAGGACACUGAGUGGCAUCAUAUCGGAUUUCAGAGGGGAGCUAUCACAAUUAGACCCCAUUUCGACCGGAUCGCUCGACCUUCAUGAUCCCACAACGCCCUCGAGACGGCCAGCGUUGGCAGCGCUCCGUGCUCGAAGUGAUGGGGCGGCGGCGCAGGUCACCCCGCCACGCCCAUCAUUACAGUCGGCGGCAUCAGAGCCUGCCCAGCAUACAGCGCCUCGACUGACACUCCAUCUUGCUGACGCUCCCGCGGAGACAGAAUCCGCGCACUCGUCGCCUAUUCAGCCGCAGGCGCCAACAAUGCGAACGGGGAGCGGGUCAUUGCUCCCACACAGCCCCACCGCGUCGCGCGAUGCCGACCGACUUCGGGUGCACCAUCGUUCCACGGCAUCCACGUCAGAGCCAUCUCUAAUACCUGAGCGAGACGAUGGGCGCGUCCGCACUGGGUUUGCAGCGAGUUCGCAGCAGGAUCUUACAACGAACGACCUGCUUGCCACGCGGUUCAACGUGCAGAGCGGGGCGAGGCAGUCGCCAAGCAGGGCAGAGGAGAGCGCGGACCUCGAUGCACGAGGGAAGGAGCUCGCUACAAGAUGUUGGGCGGAGGACGAAGACUUCUUAGCGAAAGACAAGAUCGCUGAGUGGCUUGGAGGACAGUACGUGCGACACCUCUCUUUAGUGAGCCUCAUUAACAAAACUGCACUGCGACACUACAUGGACUUCUUCGACUUCUCCAAUCUCCGUCUUGACCAUGCUUUCAGGCGCAUGUGUGCGAAGCUCUACCUCAAGGCAGAGACCCAGCAAGUCGAUCGUAUUCUCGAGGAGUUCGCGCGGCGAUACUUUGAAUGCAACCCAACCACAAUUUUCGGCAACGCAAGCGUUGUCCAUGCUGUUACUUAUUCACUAUUAUUGCUCAAUACCGAUCUCCAUGUGGCCGAGCUCGCAUCGCGCAUGUCCCGUGGCCAGUUCGUGCGCAACACGCUUGCGACCAUCCAGAUGCAGCUGCAACCCAAUCAGGGCUCAAACAGCGAUCUGUCCUAUGAUGAUUGGACCAGCUUCCGUGCCGGCUCAGACAGUGAUGUCGGCGGCACGACCAUUCGUUCUCGGGCGAAGCGCAGUGACAGUAUCGCUAGCUGGAACAGCAUUGCCACCCGCGAUGGUGGGUUCACGCCCUCGCCUCUAACCGUGAAUUCCUCCGGACAGCUCAGUUCAACUUCCGACGGCGCAGGUCAAGCGCAAGUGAACGGCAGCACUGUAUCCGUAGCACUUUCCACUGGCCAGGAAUUGAAGGAGGCAAAGAGCUCUGACCCGCCUCCCGCGACCUUUGUCCCCGAUCGUAAUUGGGAGACCGAGAUGGAGAACACUCUCAAGGAGAUGUACACUGCCGUCAAGAAUCAGCAGAUUCUACAGCCAGUGGGCAGCGUGCUCAUGGCGCGUUCGUCCACGUCGUCCUUGAGCCCACAUGGACCAUUGUUGCGACAACGAAGUUUGCGUGGUCCCCCGGAUCGGUUCGCCAAUCUCAAGCGGGGAAGCAUUCGGGGUCUCCAAUCCAUUUUACAUGCUCAGGCGGGAGUCAGUCCCUACAGCAGCAACAGCAGUAUCGACGGACGGGCCAGCCCAGCGCCCAGUUUCGCGAAUUCUCUUGAUGGCGCGCAUGCGUCAACAGUGUCUUUCCUCACGCCGGCUUUGGGGUUCGCAUCUAACCUUUCCCAUACGAUCAUUCGAGAAGCGCAAGAAGACGACAGCCAUAGCGUCAAGAGUGUUGGCUCCAGUACGGAUAUCAGCAUCACAGAUGAGGAACUAGCUCUUUUAGGACCACCAUGGGCGAAAGAAGGGAUGCUCUGUCGCAAGCAAUAUUGGGAGUCUUCAGGGAAGCGAGCGAAGUCGAAGGCCUGGAUGGAUGUCUUUGUCGUCAUCCAGAAGGGCGAGCUAAGCAUGUUCGUCUUCGGGGACCACGCGCAUGGCUCAUCCGCAGUUGUCGGGGGUGGAAACUGGCUUGAGAACGCGCAGCCGGUGGGCCAGGUUCUGCUGGCACAUUCUCUGGCACACGCGUUGCCCCCUCCGGGCUACAACCGGCAACGCCCGCACUGCAUGGUGCUCACGCUGUCCAGCGGAGGCGUGUAUUUCUUCCAGGCGGGCACGGAGGAGCUUGUGAACGAGUGGGUGUCGACAUGCAACUACUGGGCGGCGCGACAGAGCAAGGAGCCGCUGGCAGGGGGCGUGUCGAACAUGGAAUACGGCUGGAACCGCGUGCUCGAUCCGCUCACUCGUGUGCGGUCCAUCUCCGAGGACAACUAUUCUGUGCGUGACGGAGACAACGAGGACGGACAGAGCGUGCGCAGCGGGAAGAGCGGACGCAGCCGGAUCAAGGAGAUGGCGGCGACGGUGCGGGCGGACAAGUCGCCGUGGGCAGACCGGACGUUCAUCAACGAGUGGAAGCCGCCGAUGCCGCCGACGGUGCCGAGCAAUCACGACGAGGAGACGCAGAUGGAGGCGCUGCAGAAGCACGUGUCGUCGCUGAAGACGGAGCUGAAGCUGCACAACGAGCUGCGGACGCCGAUGAUGAACAUGUAUCAGCCUCGCUCGUCCAACGGCGCCAAGGCGCUGAGCAACUGGGAGAAGAAGUCGCAGUACCUGCUGACGGAGAUUGUGAAGUACGAGUCGUACAUCGACUCGCUGCAGGCUGCGAUGUCGCUGCGGCUGAAGAAGCGGGGGGAGAAGGCGCUGGAGCGGGCGCUGGUGGUGGCGAGCCCGACGGAGGAGGAGCUGGCAGACACGGCGGUGAAGCCGCGGUGGAAGGGACAGCCGGACGAGGAGACGAUUGAGGAGGGAGAGGAGCCGGCGGUGAGCGCAGGCCAGGACCCGUCGCCGGUGCACAAACACCGUCGGGAGGUGGCGGAGACGGGGGAGGCUGGGGGGCGGUGA